CUAUUUACUGAGGAGUGGCACACUACUCAUUGUCUCAUUGAUUUAGGUCCCAUUGAGGAUCGUGGUGGAGGGGCCUCGAUGUUAUUGAGACCUGAGUCAUGAUGGCUGGGAGCCAUUACGUGGAAGAUGACCCAGCAACACUAUGGCAUGACGUGUGCAGGGCAGUGGGAUGAUCGUCUGUUGGAUACGUGCCGGUCUACAAAGACUACUAUUACUGUGCCGCUUGUGAACGGCUCCAAAACUGUGGAGUCCACUAUGAAAGCUUUGAGAGCUUGCGAUUCCAUAAGUUCAUCCUCGACAAUACCUCACGCAAGUGCUGCUCCGAGGAUAUAUCCUACCAAUACAGAUAUAGCAGCAUCGUUGCUGGCCUAUAACAAGCAGAUGCCCCCGAGGUCGCAAUCGGCCGCGUAGAGAUUACCGUAAUAUACAUUCGAUGGACUGCAUUGU